CCCGCGCCCGGAGCGAACUUCUUACCGCCGGUGCGUCCCGGUGCCCGUUUGCUGGGAACUUGGGCUGCUCGCUGAAAUAUUGGAUUAUGUUCCUGCCGAGCCGGGCUGCGGGGAGCUGAGUAGGGGAGGAAGAAUGCGGGUCUACUGGAUGGUCUUCUGCCUUAUUUGCUGCACCGCGAAGGGACAAGUGGUGUACUCCAUUGCCGAGGGAACAGAGCGCGGAGCGUUUGUUGGAAACGUAGCGAAGGAUUUAGGAAUAAACGCGGCUGCACUUUCAGCCCGGAAAUUUCGCAUGAUCACCGGUUCAAGUAAGCAAUAUUUUAAUAUAAAUGCAACCACAGGGGUUUUAUCUGUUAACGAGCCAAUAGACAGAGAGCAGCUUUGUGAACUAAAAUCUACAUGUCUUCUGAAUUAUGAACUUGUACUGGAAAACCCUCUAGAGCUUUAUAGGAUGGAAUUUAAAGUCCUGGAUGUAAAUGACAACUCUCCCAGCUUUCCUUUAAGUGAAUAUCGUGUAAGUGUGCCUGAGUUCCUGUCACCUGGGGCAAGGUUUGCACUCCCUACUGCCCAAGAUCUCGAUGAAGGUACUAAUGGUGUCCAGAAUUAUAUUCUGGACCUUGAUGACCAUUUCCAUUUGGAAAUGCAGAUGCGCGGGGACGGGAGUGUGUAUCCUGAAUUGGUGCUGAAGAAAGCCUUAGACAGGGAACAGCAAGCCACUCACAGACUUGUUCUUACAGCCAAAGAUGGUGGAGAUCCUCCAAGGUCUGGUGAUGUCCCUGUCGUUGUGACUGUUCUGGAUACCAAUGACAAUGCACCAGAAUUUGAGCAAUCAGUCUACAGGGCGAGUGUCCUGGAAAACUCCCCCAGUGGCACAUUGGUAGUGCAAGUGCACGCCACAGACUUGGAUGAAGGUCCCAAUGGAGAGGUCAUGUAUUUGUUUAGCAAUGCUACGGCUGCUGACCUACAGCAAAUGUUCUUAAUUCACCCACACACUGGGGAGGUGACAGUCAGUGGCGAUUUAGCAGUUCAGAGACCUCUCCUCGAGAUGCUUAUUGAAGCAAGGGAUAAAGGGGCAUUUGCCUUGUCAAGCACAGCUAAGCUGCUGGUGGAGAUCACUGAUGUGAACAAUCACGGCCCAGAGAUAACGAUUGCAUCCUUUUCCAAUCCCAUCCCUGAGGAUGCUGUUCCUGGCACAGUGAUAGCACUGCUGAGUAUUGUGGAUAAGGACCCUGGGGAGAACGGGAAAGUAGCCUGCCAGAUCCCUGACAACCUUCCCUUCCAGUUAAAACCUUCCCUGGAAAACUACUACAGCCUGGUCACCAGCGGGCUCCUAGACCGAGAGCUAAUCAGUGGGUACAACAUCACCAUCACCGCCACAGACUUGGGAUCUCCUCCCAUCACCACUCAGCAGACACUUUGGGUGCAGAUUUCUGAUGUGAACGACAACCCCCCUGUCUUUGCUGCUGGUACAUUUGAUGUGUUUGUGGAGGAGAACAAUCCACUUGGUGCUUUUCUCUACCAGGUCUCAGCCUCUGACCUUGAUAUAGGGGAGAAUGGGCAGAUCUCUUACAUACUCAGGAAUUCAACAGUUGCAGGCAGUGCCCUGACCAGCUUUUUGUCUGUGAGCUUGGCCAAUGGGAGCAUCUAUGCAAAACGUGCCUUUGACUUUGAGCAGCUUAGAAGCUUCCACUUCCAAGUGGAAGCCAAGGACAAUGGGUCACCAGCCCUGAGUGCUGCCAUGACUGUGAAUGUUUACAUCUCAGACCAGAAUGACAAUGCUCCAGCCAUCCUGUAUCCCAUCAGCCAGAAUGGCUCAGUGGCAGUGGAAGUUGUGCCCCGCCUGGCUGACGAGGACUACCUAGUGACCAAAGUGGUGGCAGAUGAUGAGGACAGUGCAGAGAAUGCCUGGCUCUCCUAUCACCUUGCCCACUCUACUGACUUCACGCUGUUUCACUUGGCACCACACUCGGGUGAGCUACGCACCAGUCGCUCCUUGCGCUCCACCGACCUCCUUAAGCACAAGGUGGUAGUGGUGGUGCGGGACCAUGGGGAGCCUCCGCUCUCCUCCACAGUGACUGUGGGCAUCCUGCUGGCUGACACUCUGCCCCAGGCUCUGCCUGACUUCGAUGAUAAUGGGGAGCCACGGCCGCUGCUCAACGCUACAAACAUCUACUUGAUUGUUUCUCUUGCUUGUGUCUCCUUCAUCUUUACAGUGUUCCUCCUCUUUCUUGCCAUUGCACGGCUGUGCCACUGCUCGGCUUGUCACCGCCAGGGCUGCUGCUGCAGCGUUUGUUGCUGCUCAGCUGACGAGUAUGAAAAAUAUCAAUACAGUGUGCACAUGCUUCCCAGCUCCCACCUCCCACCGGACGUGCUGGAGGUCACUGGUGUGGGUAAACUGACUCAUACUUACUUGUACAGGGCAUCUGUAGGCCUUGGGCUUGAGAACAGCAGCAUCCCAAAUGGGGAUGCUGGGAAUGUUCCCAACGGCUCAAGGUUACAAGUGCCAGGACCCUGCAUCCAGGUGCAGCAGAUCCAAAGCGACCGUUUGAGUGCUGUCCUCAUGGUAAGUACUUCUUCCUUUCACUUGUUUUCUCCCAGUCACGUGGCCACUAAGAAGCUCAACCAGAAAAGUAGGUGUAAUUUUAUGGUGCCCAUAGGAAACUUCUUAUCCUUUUAUAUAUUUCCUAAAGCUAGAAUCUGACUGGAAAGCUCUUUUUGGAUUGGAGUAUGGUCAUAGUGUAGCAGAAUGUGCCACACACACUUACGGUAUGCAGAUGUGGCUGAAGAUAAAUACUUUGUAAGUUGAGCUAUUCUAUUCAGAUAGCUAAGUAGAGUCGUGAUAAGAGUUCACACAAGUUUCUAAUCCAUGAGAAGUUUUUCUACAUUUACAGAACCAGUGAUUUCUUUUCUAAUUCUGGAGACUUUUUUCAUUCAGGGUUGAGUAAUUUAAUGAGCCAGGAUGCUGACUUACAGUGUCCAAGUUAGGAAUAUGUUGGAAUAACAGGAAUUCCAUAUUGAGAACCUCUUGAAAAAAUGUCAUUUAUAGUACUCAUCUCUAUUUUCAAACCCUAACAUGUGAUGGGUGACAGUGGAAGAAAAUAUAUAAUUGUCAUUACAGUUAGGGGCUGCAAUGUGGGAUACAUUUAUAGAUCAUAUACAUAUAUAGAUCAUAUAGACCAUAUUUGUUACCAGGUCACUUGUCCAGGAUUCAGUUUUUGUCUAUGCAAAGUAAAAUUAGUUGUGUUUUUAAUAGGUGUUUUGCAUCUUAUGUAUAUUUCUGUGAAGUUUUGAGAUGUUUUGUCUACACACUACCAACUUUCCCUAUUAUGUGUAGCUGACAACUAAUGUAUGGAUCCAGCAGUUAUGGGACCUAAAAGCAUCAUCGUUAUUGUGAGCCAGAUGAAUUGCCUAGAUAGGCUAGGUCAUUUGAUUUGUUUUUUUAUUGUAAUAUUUAGUACUGUAAUUAAAGAGUGAUCUUUCUUAGUUACGUCAAGUUUGGAUGCCUUAGUUAAGUAACUCAGCGAAUCCUGGCCUUCAGGGUACUUUCUGAAACUCAACACACACCAGUGUGUCUCAAGUUCCAAUUCUCCAGUUAGGGAUAGUCACAUGGUUGGACUAGAUGAUCUUAGUGCUCUUUUCUGAUCUUAAUAAUUCUAUGAUUCUGAAUGAGUCUACGUCAGUGCUUUUUAGAACUGAGAACAGAGGCCAGCUCUGUCUAGGCCAACGUUCUGUGCUAAGAGCUAUUCCAGAUGUUCCCAAGGCAAAGGUAAGAACCAUUGGUAGACAGAUAUGAUAAUAAUCUGUUUCCCACAGUUUUUGUCCUUAUUAACAAUUAUUGGAGAUUGUAGUAAGUUUGUAGUCAUGAUGCUUAUUUCACAAUUAUGCUUUUUAAUGCUUGGAAAUGGCCAGUCCCCUUUUGAACCUGGAUGUAUGGGUAGCUUCAGUAAUUUCUUUGGCUAACAAAUACACAUUCAGCUAGACAGUGUCUGAAAAAUACUUCCUUUUGUAACUCUUGAACUUUUGUGUAGAUUCAUUGUUCACUCUUAACUAUGCAGUCAGUUUCUUGUGUCUUUUAUCCGCCUUUUAAUGAGGUGAAGUAGUUUUGUAGUUGUUUUUUUGCUCUCUUUUCUGAACGCCUUUCACACAGAAAUCGUAUUCUCAAGGAAAGAUCUUUUCUCAAAUAUAUGCUCCUUGAUUUACUCCUGAUGGUCUACCUAGUAUUUAACAGAAAACCUGGCCAGUUUUUAGCCACCGUAGUGGAGUAGAAGACUGUGCCUCUCAGUAAGAAGAUAGCAGUUGACAAUAUCAAAAGAAGAGUUUGUUCCUUAUGCUUUUCUGUGUUUUGGAAAUAUCAUUGAUUAUUUGGAGGAUCUCAAAAAAAGCCUCCCGCAGUAAAAGCUUUCUAGUGGGGAGUUAAAAACUUUUUGGCUAUUGCUUAAUUCAGGGUUUGUUUGCAUGAACACUAAUUGUGUCUUAAAAGUGUAUCCUUGGCUGUAGAGUAAGUCAUAAUUGCAAAACUUUUAUAACAAAUUGUGAUACAAAAGAACAUUUUUACAAUUAAUGUCUGUGUUCCUAUUGAGCAAAAUCUUGAAACUCAGGUUGCUAAAAUAUUAAUGGACUGAGUAAUAAUAAAAAAUGCAAAUGCAUUCCUGUUCUUUGUAGUAGAAACAACCAAAAUGUGCCCAAUUACUUCUGUCUGGAUUUCAGCCAUUCAGGUAAAUUUUUAGCCUUGAGAUAUGAUAGACAUUUUUAGGAGCUUUCCAUAGUGGGGAAAAUAAAUCCUGGAUGUUUUCUUUAGCAAAAUUUCUUUCCUUCGCUCCUAUAUUCAGGGAUGGGUGACCAUAGAUGCAACAGGUGUGAGAAGUCCAAAGGCUGUGCAUUAGUUGUGUUGAGCAGAAGAGUAAUGAAGAAGGCUCAGAAUUACGAAAAUGUAUCUAUCCUUAGGAACAAAAUAUUAUUAAUUCGGUGCUGAUGAUCGUAGUGAUUUGCAUGCUGAACAAUUAACAAUGUGUAUAUAAUACAGAGUGUUCAGCUCGGGGAUCUCACCAUAUCACAGAAUCACAGAAUGGCCAGAGUUGGAAGGGACCUCAAG